AUGAGCCGGGUUCUUUGCAGUGAUUUUUCCAACUUUCUGACUCAGCUUCCCAGCUGCGCGGAGAGCUGUGUUCUGGAUUUUGUCUCAGCGUCUUCUUGCGGGACGAACGCAACAUGUCUCUGCACCGACCCAAAGCUCAAAGACGACGUGCUACCAUGCGUUGAGAGUCAUUGUCUGCCCAGAGAAGCGCUCGCCACGAUAAAUUUGACCUCGGUGGCAUGUGACUUCCCCAUUCGCGACAAACACGAGCAGUUCAAUAUCCUCACCAUCACAUUAAUUGUAAUUACUGGAGUAACAGUUGGGCUUCGAUUUGUUGAAAAGAUACGAUAUGGGCCUGGACUCCAGAUUGACGAUUACGUUAUUACGGGCGCUUUUGCAACUCGAUUGUCUGCCUGCAUGGUCUCUCUGGAAAUGGUCUUGGACGAGAUGCGUGGAGAUUUAGUCCAGACACAAUUACAGCUUAUCUAUUUUCUCUACGCUGGCCAGACCCUUUACGCCACAGACGUUUUCGCAACCAAGAUCUGCGUUCUUCUCUUCUACCUCCGCAUAUUUCCCGGUGUCGUCAUUCGAAGGCUGAUAUGGGGAACAGUUGGAAUAGCAGUGCUAUGCAUGAUUAUCUUUGAUCUGCUGGCACUUUUUCAAUGCCAGCCAAUUAGCUUCUAUUGGAAGGGAUGGGACCAACUGCAUAAGGGUCAUUGCAUAGGGAUCAAUGGAUUAGCAUGGGCUAUCGCUGCAGUUGGAAUUAUUCUAGAUUUAUGGAUGCUUGCAAUCCCAAUUUCUCAACUGAUUCAUCUACAGAUGAAAUGGAAGAGGAAGCUUGCAGUUGCAUCAAUGUUCGGCGUGGGCACUUUUGUGACAGUUGUCAGCAUCCUCAGGCUGCGUUAUCUAGUAGCAUUUGGCAAUUCCUCCAACCCUACAUGGGAUAGCUUUGAUACAUGCUACUGGUCCGUCAUAGAACUCAAUGUCGGUAUCUGGUGUGCGUGCAUGCCAAACCUUCGAGUCUUGAUGCUCAAGACAUUUCCAAGACUGCAAAGCUCAGUCAAUGCUACCCCCAGAAGCCACCAAUACAACUCGUCUACAGCAGGACGGCCGAUAAGAGUGUCGAGCAAUACGCAAGGCCUAUCUGAUAGCACCAUGUAUAGAGUGAGGUCUGACCAAGGGCGGAAGGUCGACGGUUCAUCAAGCACAGCUGAAUUAGUCGAGAUGACGAGAUUCACCAAUGAAACUAGAAGUAGCCUAGCAUAG